AUGGAAAUCAGGAAAAGUAUAAAUUUGAGGAUUCGAGUGCAUCCUCAUGGAUAUAUUCCAGAUGAAAAUUUUAGUACAGUUACAGUUAAGACUUCUCAUUAUGAAUUUACAUGUAAAAGAUCCAUUCUUACUAAACUUUCACCCCGAUUUAAAAAAUAUUUAGAUUCGAAACCAAACAUAGACAUAAUUAACCUCAAAGAUAUUAUUUCUGCAGAUUACAGUUCGUAUUUGGCAUUUUCAAAUUAUAUAAAUGGAGAAAGUUUAAUUAUUAAUGAUGAAAAUGUAGAAUGCAUUUAUAAUUUAGCAACAAAAUUUGGUUUUCCUGUGUUACUUAGUGUUGUGGUUCCAUAUUACUUUCUAGUUGAUCAAUUAGAUAAAUUAGUCAAUAAUAGCGAAAUUAUCGCACAAACCAAUCCAUAUAGUUUAGCAAUUGCUCCUAUUUUCCCACUUUUCCGUAUCGCAUACAAGAAAGAAAGGUUUCCUUAUGAAUUUAUUGUUAAAAUUUUGCAAUCCUCAAAGCUAUACCCAAUUUCAUCCGAAACUCAACUUUUAUCGCUAUUAAUAUGCCUAAAAUCUUCUAAGCAACGUGAUUUUUCAAACAAGCGAUUCACAGUUUCAGAAGAUCUGAAUUCUAAAAUAAAUGAAUAUACGAAAGGCCUCUCAAUUACCGAAAAGCAAAAUAUUAACAGAAGUCUUUCAUUUUAUAAGUCAGUUGAACCUUAUUCAGCAAUAGAAAGAUUUGAAAUCCAAAGUUGUUGGAAUAACUAUGUUUCGAACUUGUCAUCAUAUCCAUUUUCAUAUGGUAGUUCUUAUGAUUCGACAGAUUCCCUAAAAUAUACACUUGAAUAUGAAUCAUAA